CGACAACGUGCAGACAGUGAUCGGCUGUGAAGGUGGUCGGAUCGAUAUUUUGUAUUUGAGAAACAAGGUUGUAUCGAUUUCAUAUCAUUUUUUCUAUUCUUCUUAUCACAUCCCGCGUGUGAUUUUUACAAUUUUAAUUUUUUUCGCUCAGUGUUCACAAACAAUUUCCUCAAUAUUUUCGAUAAAUUCCGCGUUCAAACACCGUAAAUUAAACAAUCGUUAUUCAGUUAACGUUAGAAAGUGACCAAGAGGAAGGCGACAACCAUUUUUUUCGCACGAGAAGAAAAAAAAAAAUGGAACAAGAAAAAAUCGCAGUGCAAAAGUAGGAUUUAUGAGCUUCUGUGAGAAUAAAACUCUCGCUGGCUUGUACGAUCUGUGCGUAGAAGGAAAAAAGUGGAAGUACAAGUCCGUUAUUGUUUUCUUUGAGUUUGGAAAACAGAAAAAUAGUUAAACAAAAAUUAUGGAUACUAGAGAGAAACACCAAGGACGUAGAAAUCCCCAGGAAUCGUCAAACAUAAUCAGUUUGUUGUUCUUUGGAUGGAUGAUACCGAUAUUCUGGAAAGGUGCAAAACGUGAUCUGCAAGUAACAGAUUUGUACGAUCCGCUAAAAUACGACGAAUCUGGAAGCCUUGGGGACCGACUUCAGACAGAAUGGGAAAAAGAAUUGAUAAAAGCGGAUGGUGAGUUGGUACUGGGAAAAGACGGCAAGAAGAAGGCGAGGAAGCAGCCAAGCUUGACUUGGGCGAUAGUGAGGGUGUUCUGGGUUCGCUACAUGAUUCAGGGGCUGCUGUUGUUCGUGCAGUUGAUGGUGUUGAAGAUACUCCAGCCAAUACUGCAAGGUUGGAUAAUCGACUACUUCAAUCCGGGCCAAGAUACGAUCACGCGUAACGAUGUUUCCCUCUACGCUGGCUACCUGAUCCUCGUCACAUUGGGAAUAGUUUUCAUAACCCAUCACACAAAUCUGCAAGUGCAAAAAGUUGGCAUGUGCAUCAGGGUGGCCUGCUGUUCACUGAUAUAUAGAAAGGUUCUUCGGCUCAAUCAGGCUGCAUUGAACAAUACCGCUGCUGGCCAGGUGGCCAACUUGAUCAGCAACGACGUGGCGCGUUUCGAUUUCGUUCCGCUGUUUCUUCACUUCGUUUGGAUCAUGCCGAUGCAGGUGCUACUGAUAGGCUACGUGAUGUGGCAGUCGGUUGGCAUUGCUGCUUUGGUUGGAAUCGGAGCGAUGAUGCUGCAGACGAUACCGAUUCAAGGUUACAUGAGCCACGUGAGCGCGAAAUUCAGGUCGAAGAUCGCGGUCAAGACUGACCACCGGGUGCAACUGAUGAGCGAACUGAUUUCCGGGAUACAGGUGGUCAAAAUGUACUCGUGGGAAAAGCCAUUUGAUUUGAUAGUGUCGAAGGUUCGAGCACUCGAAAUGAAACUAAUUGCUGUCACGACCUACCUGAGAGGAAUUUACCUCAGUAUUAUGGUCUUCUCCGAACGAAUGACGCUCUACUUGACCCUGAUCACCUUUGUACUCAUGGGCAAUACCCUUACUGCUGAUGUAUCGUUCGUGCUGUCUACCUUGUUCAACGUUCUGCAAAUGACAUGCGCAAUUUGCUUUCCGCAAGCAAUCAUAAUGGCUGGCGAAACCGCGGUGUCACUGAAGAGAUUGACGGAUUUCUUACUACUGGAUGAGAUCAAAGUUCCCGAAAAUGUGAAUAAGAAACUGAAAAAUGGCACGGCGCAUGCGGAAAAGCAGAUGACAGGUCAACGGUUCGAAAACGGGGUCGGGAUUGAGAUGGUAAACGUGGCAGCGAACUGGGUCCACGGUCAGCUGCCGCCAACUUUGUGUCAAGUGACAAUGAACGUUGGGGUUCAAUCACUUUCCGUCCUCGUGGGCUCUGUCGGCUCGGGUAAAUCAUCGUUGCUGCACCUGAUACUAGGUGAGCUGCGACCGGGAGCCGGAAGCGUGAAUUUAUACACCAGCGAAAACGGCGUCAAAACGAUCAUCAGCCCCAAGGACAUUCGUAUUUCGUACGCAAGUCAGGAUCCUUGGCUUUUCUCAGCCUCCAUUCGUGACAAUAUUCUGUUCGGUCAGCCUUACGACAGGAUCAGGUACCAGGAGGUCACCAGAGUCUGUGCUUUGCUGAAGGACUUCGAACAGCUACCUCAGGGUGACAUGAGCUUCGUUGGCGAAAGAGGUGCAUCCUUGUCCGGAGGACAGAGAGCUCGAGUUAAUCUGGCCAGAGCCGUUUACAGAGACGCUGAUCUAUACUUGCUUGAUGAUCCACUUAGUGCAGUCGACGCUCGAGUAGGUCGUCACUUGUUCGAGGAGUGCAUCCAGGGAUACCUGAAGGGAAAAACCCGCAUCCUAGUCACUCAUCAACUCCAGUACCUUUCGCAAGCGGACAGCAUUAUCGUUUUAGACCGCGGCACCGUUGAACAUCAGGGCACGUACAGUGAGCUGGGCAAGACAAACAUCACCCAUGUUUUGGACUCUCAUGAUUCCGAGAAACGCAAGAUCGAAGAAACUGCUGAAGGAGAAAACAAUGACCCAAAUACGCAUGCAUCAUCGGAAGGCGACGACGUUGACCGGAUUUCCCAGGUCGCGGAGAGCGUUGAGGAGUACAGAGACGUGAGCGAGGAGGAGAUGGCCACUGGAGAAAUGUCGAACAAGGUGUACUGGGGCUACUUUAAAGCUGGUGGAAACACCUGUUUCCUGGCCUUUCUUCUGCUAGUCUUCAUCGCAGCUCAGCUGUCUUCUAGCGGCACUGACUACUGGGUGACCUACUGGACGAACCAGGAGAUCCUCAAGGCCGUCAGUUCCUCGAAUAGCUCUGUUAGAGCCGGGAACGACAGCAAAGGUGCAACGACGCCAUUCUACGACGAGUACGGAGUUUUCCGGACAGACUUGGCGGUCUAUAUUUACACGGGGUGCAUCAUCCUCUGCAUCUUCCUCACCUCGAUGCGGAGCUUCCUUUUCAUGCGCAACUGCAUCAACUCCAGUCGAAAUAUUCACAAUACCAUGUUCUCGAAUCUUCUGAGAGCCACGAUGAGAUUUUUCAAUACCAAUCCAUCUGGAAGAAUUCUCAAUCGCUUUUCCAAGGAUAUUGGCGCGAUGGACGAACUUCUACCUAGAGUGAUGCUUGAGACUCUUCAGAUAUUCAGUAUCAUGAUUGGAAUUCUGAUCAUGGUUGUGGUUGUCAAUUACUGGAUGGCCAUACCAACUGUCAUCAUGAUUUCUAUAUUCUACGUAAUCAGGGUCUACUUUCUCAAAACUGCCCAGGACGUUAAGCGGCUGGAAGGAAUCACCAAGAGUCCCGUGUUCUCUCACGUAACCUCCACUCUUGAUGGGCUGACAACGAUUCGAAGCAGAGGCUCUCCAGUCGCAGUAAUGCUGCGCAAGGAAUUUGACGACUAUCAGGACUCGCACACCGCAGCCUGGUACUUGACCAUCGCCUCUGGAACCGCCUUUGGUUUCUUCUUGGAUUUAAUUUCCUGCUGUUUUAUCACCUGCGUCUGUUUCUCCUUCAUCCUCCUGGACGACGGAUACACACUCGGUGGCUCUGUUGGACUUGCCAUUUCGCAAUCCCUGAUAUUAACCGGCAUGGUCCAAUACGGAAUCAAGCAGAGCACCGACGUAAUCUCUCAAAUGACGUCUGUUGAGCGGGUGUUACAGUACACCACUUUACCUCAGGAGGGACCUUUCACCACUGACAACCCGCCUCCACCCACGUGGCCUUCCAAGGGUGCCCUAGUCUUCAAGGAGGUGUCCAUGAAAUACGCUGAGGACAAACCGCCGGUGCUGAAGAACCUGAACGUGAACAUAAAGCCAGGCUGGAAGAUCGGUAUAGCAGGAAGAACCGGGGCUGGGAAAUCCUCACUGAUCUCAGCGCUGUUUCAUCUCACCGGAGAUGGACUGGAGGGAGAAAUUCUGUUGGACGGGAUCGACACGAAGUCAAUUGGACUACAGGAGUUGCGACCUCGGAUUUCGAUCAUCCCUCAGGAGCCGAUUCUGUUUUCGGCGAGUCUCCGUUACAAUCUAGAUCCUUUUGACCAGUAUUCGGACACCCAGCUUUGGGACAGUCUGCGCGAAGUAGAACUUGGAGACGCGAUUCCGUCACUGGAAUUUCAGGUCGCUGGUGGCGGAGCCAAUCUCAGUGUUGGACAACGCCAAUUAAUUUGCUUGGCCAGAGCGAUUCUCAGAAACAACCGUUUGCUGGUUCUCGAUGAAGCCACCGCCAACGUUGACCGAGGCACCGACGCGUUAGUUCAGAACACAAUCAGACGAAGGUUCGCCGAUUGCACUGUACUGACCAUAGCUCAUCGUCUGAACACGAUAAUGGACAGUGACCGAGUGAUAGUGAUGGAAGGCGGUCGUAUAGUGGAAUUCGGUCACCCUCAUGUCCUCCUGAAAAACCGGAACGGUCCGCUAUCGCUGAUGGUGCAGCAAACCAGCAAGGGCAUGGCAGAAAAGCUCGCCGAGAUUGCCGAGGAAGCUUAUCAAACGAACCCCGAGUUUGCCCAGGCAUACAAAAGCGGCGUCAUCGUCGACGGCAGUAACAACCAGAUUACCUAUCUCUGAUGCGACGAGGAAAAUGAAAGCUGACGGAAUUUUUUACUGCCCUCGGGGAUGCUGUAUUUUUAUGUUACAUACAACAUUUGUAUUCGAAAUUUCUGAAGAUUGACAAAGCUCUGUCAGUGGAUUGAAUAGAAUCUUGAAUUUUAACAUACGUAAUUUAAAUAUCUUUGAUAUUUCUGGAAACACUGAGAAAAAAUAACGAUGAAACUAAUCUCCGGUUCCAGUCUGUUCUUGUGAAGUUUGAUGAGAAUUCGAUUGAGAGACACGUCUGUGAAACCACUGAAUCAGUUUUAUUGAGACGUCGGAUUAAUGCAAGUGUCUAAUUCUUCAGUCUUCUUCAGAAUUGUUUGAACCAAAGAUACACUUCGUCUGAAAUAUUAUAUUAUAUAAAUAGGAUAUGUAUACUAUGCUAGCAGCUAGCUCGGUGCUGCGAGUAUUCAUUUAUUGUUCCAAUCAAUAAUUAUUGCCAAUCCACGGUAACAAUGACGAAUAAUAGUCGCACAAGUGAUUGCAUCGAUACAAUGCUUGAUUAGAUAUGUUGUGUACAUUACAUUAAUUAUAGUGAAUUGAGGUACUGAUGUGUAUAUGAGCACCAGUGAUUUACUAUUAGAAAAACAUUAUUCGGUACAUUAAUAACCAUAUUCGUCAGUGUGUAAUAAACUCGUGAAAUUGAUAAUUAUUUCGCAGUAACGUAAUGAGGGAUGCAUGCUCCUUUUUCGACCUCUUAUGCACGUCAAGAGGUUCGGCAAAGUUGCAGACUAAAUAUACAGUAUAUGAAUAUACUGCACACGUGUAUAGCAUUUUUCGUACCUAGGCUAAGUAGGAUUUUACGAACCGAUUGAGGAUUGUGCAUCGGAGGACCGGGUUCAAAAAAUCGGUCAGUUAAGGGUGGAAUGCCUUAUACACAUAGGGUCGUUAGAUGAUAUAUGAGCCCAUGAAAUGAAGUAGGUGAUACGAAAUGACUCUAAUAUCGAAGAACAAUAGGCGUCGAAGAUGUGACG